CGGUAGCAGUUUUGCUUUAUCAAAACUAAAACUCAAAAAAAUGAAAAUUGAUUUUAAUUGAAAAUGAAAUGAAAAAUUCGACGUGUUGCUUUGCUAAAUGCUGAACAGAAUGAAGCUUGUUUUUAAAGAAUGAAUCCGGUAUAAUUAUUCUCAUUUCUAAAUGUUGUGUUAGUGAAUGAUACAUUGAAACAUUGUAUUCAAAAUUGAUGAUUCAAAAAAGUUACCUUCAGUCAUCAUCAAUAUAGUCGUAGCUAAUCUAGGAAGUAGUAAGACAGACAUGAUUGCCAAGUGAUUUUCAUCUGAUUUAACACAGCUGAUUCCGGUAUCGUUUACGAUGGACCGCUUCGAAUAUUCUACUUCCAGUUUGAUGCCAAAUGAGUCGUACAUGUUGAGAGCCUACAAUAUCCAACUUUACGACGGCGAUAGCAAAACGUCUUACGACAAAGGCGAAGUAAUCCUAACGAGUCAUCGUUUAUUAUGGUGUUUACCGGGAGACAGUCAGAACUUGUCUCUGAAUUUAAAAUACGUCAGUUCUUUCAAAGAAGAAAAACAAUCGAAUUUCAUUUUUUCUCGAAGUAGAAAGCUAAUAUUAUAUUUAUCCGAUCGUGAUAUCAACAGUUUACCUGGACCUGUGCCAUCAAGUUCUUCUAAUUUCAUCAAACUUUCAUUCAAGGAUAAACUAGACAUGGAAUUUGUGUCAGCUUUGAGCCAAGUAUUGGAACAGAAACGAUGGGAGAUCGUUGACAAAUCGCAGCGCGAUAACAGCCAAGGAGAAAAAUCUCGUCCCAAUAUCAAAUUGAGAACUGGUAUCAUAGGAAUUGAGCGCGGAUUGAUAGAAAAGCAGAAAGCCGAAAACGAAAGCAUUUCUAUUGCUUUUCAAGAUUUGAAUAAAUUGAUGAUUAUGGCUAAAGAAAUGGUCGAUUUGUCGAAAAACAUCUCCACCAAGUUGAAAGAUAAAUACGGCGAUAUCACUAACGACGAAAUAAUUAAAUUCAAAUCGUAUCUUCUCAGUUUAGGUAUCGACGAUCCUGUCACCAAAGACGCAUUUCAAAGUGAUACAGAAUUCUUUGAAAAACUUGGCAAUGAAAUAUGUCAAAUUAUUGAAAAACCUUUGCGCGAAGCAGGUGGCAUCAUGGCCUUAGCGGACGUUUUCUGUAGGGUUAACCGUGCUCGAGGUUUAGAAUUGCUAUCGCCGGAGGAUUUUCUAUCUGGAUGUAAGAUGUUAGCCAAAAUGCGUUCAUCUGUCAUUUUACGAGAAUUUGAUAGCGGUGUGAAAGUGCUGCAAUUGGCUAAUCAUUCCGAUGAUGCUGUGGUUAAAGAAACGUACGAAUUAUUGAAAAACAGCGUGUUUAUGACACCUGAAGAUCUUGCUAAAAUGUUAGGAAUUUCUAUGAUUCUUGCGAAAGAACGAUUAAUAACUACUGAAAAGUUUGGAAAAGCUUGUCGCGACGAAAGUAUAGAAGGAUUGAAAUUUUAUUUAAAUAAAUUUCUAGAGGAAGACGUAUAGAUUAUUGAUAUUUAUUUUUUUUAUCACGGAUAUGUUUUAUUCAUUUUAAAUUUUUUAGAUCAUUGUUACCAGUUUUAUACUUAUUGUAUAUGUAAUACCUACAUUAAAAAAAAAAUACUUUUGUAAAGUUCCUAUAUGUAUGCCUGUUGAAUUGGUGUCUUUACUAACGAACAGUUGUUGAAUAUAGGUGUAUUUAUGGAUUAAACUUAACACGAAUGUCUUAUUGUAAUAAAUAAUUUUAUUGCGGCGCAAA